AAAAAACAUAAAAAUUAACGUAAAUAUUGCACGACGUUUGUCGUUAUCACAUUCGAAAUAUAUAUUUUUUUCAGUAAAAAGUGGAUAUAUUAUGUGCCAUUGAAUUGAACCACUGGAUUUAUAAAAAUGGGUGUCUUUGGGGCUCUGGUGGCGUCCACACUACUGAUUUUAUACAUUUCAAGGAUGGCCGUAGCUAUAGACUCUGUUUGUGAUUACUCACAAUAUUUAACAACAGGCAAAUCUUACACUUUUAACAAUUAUGGUAGUCCAAACAGCUAUCCGGCUGGAAGUGACUGCCGAUGGUGGGUCCAAGGUGAUGUAGAUACUAGAGUUUACCUUACUUGCACAAUAAAUAUUCCACAGACAAGUAACUGUGCUGGAGACCAAUUUAGAGUCUCUCUUAUUGGAGACGGUACCUAUUUUUCUGAUGCUAUCAACUACUGCGGAUAUCAAACAAUAUCACUGGUCUCUAAGAAAAAUACUCUGGCUGUGAAAUGUAUUCCACAUAUUACACAACUGGAGGGAUUUUCAGCUGUUCAAUAAAAGCCGUCCAAAAUCCCGCUCCUACAACUACCCAAGCACCGAGUUGUGACUGUGGUUGGAAGCAAGCGACCAGAAUUGUUGGUGGGCAAGAUACUGGUCAACACGAAUUUCCUUCAAUGGCAGCUUUAAUAGAUGCAAGUAUUCUGCCCGAUUGGGAGGUCACAUGUGGUGCAGUUAUUUUAAAUCAGCGAUAUGUUUUGACUGCAGCUCACUGUCCGACUUUAGUUCCAAUUCAAUACAUGGGCAUCCUCGUAGGAGCUUGGAAUGUAUCUAAAGGUGCUCCUAUUGACACUAAUUUGCUAUACUUAGUAACAAAAUAUUGGACUCAUCCCCAGUAUAAUGCUAACAGCCAAAUUAACGAUAUAGCUAUUAUUAAAACAGAUGAAGCAAUGACGUUUUCCUUGAAUGUUGGACCAGUUUGUUUACCAUUUGUAUAUGAUGGAUACACUUUUAACUAUCAAGAUGUUACGUUAUUAGCCGUUUGUGUUUCAGGAUGGGGCCAAAUAUUUUACAAUGGUCCUUCUUCUGCAAUACUUCAGAAAGUUAAUGUAAAAGUAAUGAAUAACACGUACUGCCAACAAAUGUUGCCCGGUAAUCAGAUUACACAAGCUCAAAUAUGCACUUACUCCUCAGGUAAAGAUGCUUGUCAGCACGAUUCUGGAGGUCCAGUAAUCUGGCAAGAUCCUGUUAGUAGGAGACUGUAUACAGUUGGAGUUAUUUCUUAUGGAUUAGGAUGCGCCACAAAUCGUCCUGCUGUAAAUACAAGAGUUACGAGUUAUUUGGAUUGGAUUGUCAGUAUAAUACAAGAUGCAGGCUUUUGUGUGAAAUAAACGAAGAAGUCAAAAAAUAGUGCCUAAAAUAUAUUUGUCGUUAAAUAUUAUAAUAUACAAAAUGUUACUUUAUUCGU